AUGGAGAGCCUCAAGAUCACCACUGCCCAAUUCGAAAACAAGUCUGGGGACAAAGAGUACAACCUCUUCGUCAUCCGACGACUCUCCAAGAAGGCAGCAGAAGAAGGAUCUAAAGUAAUAGCAUUCCAUGAAUGCUGCAUCACAGGCUAUACUUUCGCCCAGCGUCUCUCUCGUGAAGAAUUACUUUCUGUGGCCGAAGCACUUCCCGAGGGACCCAGUGUUCAAGCCCUACAGUCCAUCGCCAAAGAAAACAACAUCACAAUCCUCGCCGGUCUCUUCGAGAAAGAUGCUGAAGGAAAGAUAUAUAAUACAUAUGUCUGUGUCUCCGGCGACGGACUCCUAGCCAGCUACAGGAAACUCCAUCCCUUCAUCAGUAAACACUUGUCUCCUGGAAAUGAAUACGUAAUCUUCGACCUCCACGGCUGGAAAUGCGGGAUCUUGAUAUGCUACGACAACAACGUCGUCGAGAACGUGAGAGCUACAGCGCUCCUGGGAGCACAAAUCAUCUUCAUGCCACACGUGACGAUGUGCACGGUUUCAACUCGGCCAGGAGCAGGAUUCGUGGAUCCCGCAUUAUGGGAGAACAGAAAUGAAGAUCCGACAUCCUUGAGAUUGGAAUUCGAGGGAUUGAAAGGGAAGAAAUGGUUGAUGAAGUGGCUGCUAGCGAGGGCGUAUGAUAAUGCUGUGUAUGUGGUUUUUGCCAAUCCGAUUGGCAUGGAUAACGAUCAGUUGAAGAAUGGAUGCUCGAUGAUCAUCGAUCCGUUUGGAGAUGUGAUUGCUGAGUGUACGAAGUUGGAUGAGGAGAUUGUGACGGCUGUUUGCUCGCCCAUGAAGCUUGGGCACGCGGGUGGGAGUCGCUAUCGUGAUGCCAGGAGGCCGGAGCUGUAUAGAGAGGUUGUUGGGAUGGAGCACAGAUCAGAGUUGAAGGUCAACUGGAUGGAGAAGCCAUAA